AUGGCAGCUCAUCAUGCACACAACGAGAAGACCGUAAUUGAGGGCCGCCAGCCACCUGUAAUUGAGGUCGACAAACCAGCAGGCGCACAUGAAGAAUAUGUCGUCGAUAGCGAAGGCACAGCUGUCCGCGUCGAUUAUUCAGGAGCUCACAAGAAGACCGACCCGAAAGAGAUCCAACUCGUCAAGAAGCUUGAUCGAUGGAUCAUGCCAACGCUGUGGAUCAUGUACUGGCUCAACUACUUGGAUCGAAAUGCCAUUGCGUUAGCACGUAUCAACGACAUGGAAGAAGAUCUGGGCUUGACUUCGACGCAGUACCAGACCUGCGUGUCCAUUCUCUUUGUCGGGUACUUGCUAGGCCAGGUGCCAUCCAACAUGAUCCUCACGCGGGUCCGACCGUCCUAUUACAUGUCCUUCUUCAUGGCGCUUUGGGCCGUCGUCAGCACCUUGACGGCGCUAUCUAAGAAUUUCACGGGUCUUCUUCUCACUCGUUUCUUCCUAGGCGUGACAGAGGCUCCCUACUACCCUGGCGCCCUCUUCAUGCUCUCAAUCUUCUACACUCGCAAGGAGAUCGCCACGCGCAUCUCCAUCCUCUACACCGGCAACAUCCUCGCCACAGCGUUUGCCGGUCUCAUUGCGCUGGGUAUCUUUGAGCUGGACGGCAAGGCCGGUCUCGAAGGCUGGAGAUGGCUCUUCAUCAUCCAGGGCAUCGCCACAUUUGUCAUCGCCCUCGGCGCCGUCUUCACGCUCCCCGACCACCCUCUCACCACCAAAUGGCUCACGCCCGAAGAACGACAACUCGCCCACGACCGCAUCGAGCGCGACACCGUCGGCGGCAAGGCCGGCACCUCGACCUUUGCGGGCCUGAAAGAAGCCGCCCGGGACCCCAAGCUCUGGCUCUUCGCCUUCAUGCAGCACAUGCACCUGGCGGCCAACGGGUUCAAGAACUUCUUCCCCACGGCCGUCGAGACCCUGGGCUUCAACCAGACCAUUACGCUCGUGCUGACCUGCCCGCCGUACCUGAUCGCGGGCAUCAUCUCGAUCCUCUGGUCCGCCAGUUCGGGCAGGUUCAACGAACGCACCUGGCACAUCACAGGCGCCAAGGCCGUCGCCGUGUUCGGCUUCGUGCUCGGCUGCGCCACGCUGAACACCGGCGCGCGAUACUUCGCCAUGGUCGUCUUCGCGAUCGGCACCUACGCGGUCAACUCGAUCAUCCUGGGCUGGGUGGGCUCCACGUGCGGCCAGACCAAGGAGAAGAAGGCGUCCAGUCUGGCAAUCGUCAAUACCAUUGCGAAUGCUUCUUUCGUGUGGACUCCGUACCUUUGGCCCAGCUCCGACGAGCCGCGCUACACCAUCGCCAUGGCCAGCUCGGCGGCCUUUUCGGUCGCCUGCGCCACGGCGGCGUGGGUCAUGAAACUCUGGCUCAUUCGCACGAACAAGAAGAUCCGCCAGAGCGGUGACGAGACGAUCUUGUUCUAUGCUUAUUGA